AUGGAAGUCUUGGGGUUCCUCAGACUGGAAGCCAGUGGCCCCGUGGUGAUGGUGGCCCUGUCAGUGGUCCUCUUGGUUCUCCUGAAGUGGUACUCUACAUCAGCAUUUUCAAGACUAGAGAAGUUGGGCAUCAGACAUCCCAAGCCUUCUCCUUUUAUUGGAAACUUGACAUUUUUCCGCCAGGGUUUCUGGGAAAGCCAGAUGGAGCUCAGAAGGCAAUACGGACCUCUGAGUGGGUACUAUCUCGGUCGUCAGAUGUUUAUUGUUAACUCUGACCCAGACAUGAUCAAGCAGGUGUUGGUUGAGAAGUUCAGUAACUUCACCAACAGAAUGGCGUCAGGUUUGGAGCCCAAACCGGUAGCCAACAGUGUCCUGUUUUUACGUGACAAAAGAUGGGAAGAGGUCAGAAGUGUGCUGACUUCUGCUUUCAGUCCUGAAAAGCUGAAUGAGAUGGCGCCGCUAAUCAGCCAGGCCUGCAACCCGCUCCUGGCCCAUUUAAAGCACUAUGCAGAAUCCAGGGACGCUUUCGACAUCCAGAGCUGCUACUGCUGCUACACCACAGAUGUGGUUGCCAGUGUCGCCUUUGGCACCCAGGUGAACUCCCAGAAGGCUCCCGAGCACCCCUUUGUGAAGCACUGCCGGCGCUUCUUUGCAUCCUCCAUCCCCAGACCGAUCCUGGUUUUAAUCUUAUCAUUUCCAUCCAUAAUGGUCCCACUGGCCCGGAUUUUGCCCAAUAAGAACCGAGAUGAACUGAAUGGCUUUUUUAACAGACUCAUUAGGAAUGUGAUUGCCUUGCGGGACCAGGAAGCAGCAGAAGAGAGGCGGAGAGAUUUCCUCCAAAUGGUCCUGGAUGCCCGACGUUCCACCUCCUCCGUGGGCGUGGAGAACUUUGACAUGGUCGGACAAGUCUCCUCUCCCACCGAAUGCACAGCGAACCCUUCCCAGCAGCACCAGCCCAGACUCCUGUCCAAGCCUUUGACUGUGGAUGAGGUCGUGGGCCAGGCCUUCAUCUUCCUCAUCGCUGGCUACGAGAUCAUCACCAACACUCUCUCUUUCGCCACCUACCUCCUGGCCACCAACCCUGACUGCCAGAAGAAGCUGCUGAGAGAGGUGGACCUUUUCAGCGAGAAACAUCCGGCCCCUGAGUACUGCAGCCUCCAGGAAGGCCUGCCCUACCUGGACAUGGUGAUUGCAGAGACCUUGAGGAUGUACCCACCGGCUUUCAGGUUCACACGGGAGGCGGCACAGGACUGCGAGGUGCUGGGGCAGCGCAUCCCCGCGGGCGCCGUGCUGGAGAUGGCCGUGGGUGCCCUGCACCAUGACCCCGAGCACUGGCCGUGCCCUGAGACCUUCGACCCUGAGAGGUUCACGGCCGAAGCCCGGCGGCGCCAGCGGCCUUUCACGUACCUGCCAUUCGGGGCAGGUCCCCGGAGCUGCCUCGGGGUGAGACUGGGGCUCUUGGAGGUCAAGCUGACACUGCUCCAUGUCCUGCGCAAGUUCCGGUUCGAAGCCUGUCCCGAGACUCAGGUGAGCCCUGCUGCUCCGGGCGCAAGGGGUGCCCACCCCAUAUCAGCUGCUCCCCACACAACUCCAACAGUGAUCUCCUCCGUGCCUAUUCACAACCCCUCAGCACGGCUGCAGACCUGGACAGGAGGGCGAAAGGGGACAGAUAAUAAGGACACGAUGACAGAUGGUACCGCUGCAGCUAGAAUCCAAAUCUGCCCUAGGUCCAAAAAAUGGCGUCUACAUCAGGAUUGUCUCCCGCUGACAAAGUCAUGACCAGCCCCUAAUUCAAAGAAAACCCUCAUUUGGAAAUUCAGAUUUUUGGAAAAACAUCACCGAAGCAACUGAAAGCGUGCCUGGCAUAUGAGUAUAAAAGAGGCCAUUUACGUAACAUUUCCUAAAUGCUUAAUACAUGUUUGUUGCACUUAGUUUUGACUUUGCCAAUAGUGUUUGAGCAACGGAUCCACCUCUCUCAAUCAGGGAUUGCUGAUAAAUGAGUGAAAACAUAGUUUUGACAAAAUGAUUCAGAACUUGG